AUGAAAACUAUAAAUAACCAUGAAAAUCACCCUACUCCCUUCCUCCCUUCCUUCCUUCCUUCCUUCCUCUUCUCUUUUCCUCUACCCACACUACUCACAAUGUUCGGUAUUUUUGAGGAAAACUACGAUUCUGUUUACAAAGGCAACCACGAAGCCAAGUUCUCUCACGAAGCAGUUGCUGGUGCUGCUUCAUUUGCUGCUGUCAAGUUGUUUGAAGAUAGACAAAGAAGAGAAGGGAAACCAGUUAGUCACGCCUUUGCUAAAGAAGCUUUAGCUGCUAUUGCUGGUGGAGAAGUCGACAAAUUAUUUGAAACCAAAGGGUUGGACUAUUUGGAUAGAGAGAGACUUAGAGAUCAAGCUAUCAACAACGCUCAAAGAGGUUACGACGACCAUUACGGUCAACACGAAGAAUGGUCUCCAGAACACAGACCACCUUUUGACUACCAAAGAUAUUAA